AUGAUUAAACAACGAUCGAUAUUAUCAACUUUAAAGAGAUACACUCAUUCUAAAAGAUUAAAUGCAGUUUCAUCCUUAUCUCAUGAAGUAAUUCUAAACGAAGACAAAAAUGAAGAUCCAAGAAACCUUUCUGCAGCUGAAAGCCAACUCAUAGAUAAUCUCCCCAUCUUUAAAAACGUCACUAUAACACCAUCGACGCCGUCCUCUCUAAAGGUUAAACAAGAAUACGUACAGGUUAAAAUUUCGUUCCUCAAGCCAUUAUUUGGCACCACUUCUCAACCAUUACUGGGCUAUAAUCUCCCACGCAAUUCCAAAUCUCCAUUCAUCGAUACUCACAAAUCACAAGGAAUAAACAGACUAUCAGUGACAAAACUCCUGACGAAAUCAUGGUGCGAAUUACGUUUUACAUACGAUAUGUAUGCACAAGCUGGCCUCCAGAUACAACCACCACCAGAUAAAUUCUUGACUUCCGGAACUUCCAUUCAUGGUUCUUUGGAAACGGCAUUGCAUCCGGGACUAUUGGAUUGGAAUUUGGAACAUGACUUGUUCGAUGUUUGGUUUGAUUCAUUGUUAAAAAUGGCGAAUCUAUUCCAGGGGGGCCAAUGUAGAGAAAUUAUCGCACAUGGUUAUGUAAAUUCUAAUGAUUUGACUUUGCUUGAUGGAGACAUGGACGUUACAGAUGAGGAUGAUGUGCUUAUAAGUGGUGUCAUUGAUCAUUUGACUUUAAGGGGUAAAGAUGUUCGAUUAUUCCCCGAUGUGAAUGACAUUGGUGCCUUAUUGAUGGAGUUGGAUAAGCAUAGGGAACUCAUCAAGGGAGAUACUAAUAUUUUGGUUAGUGAUGUGAAAACUAGAUCCAUAAACAGGUUACCCACACAGGGAACCGUAUUAAAGGCGACUAAAUUACAAUUGAUGUAUUACAAAUUCUUCUUAAAAAGUUUUGGGUUGAAUCAAGAAAGUACAUACAAGAAACUUUUAGUUAAUGCACAAAGGAGGGGAAUAGACGUUGAUGCGCCAAUUGAUCCAAUGAAGUUAUUGAAUUUUAUGAUUUCUUCCAAUGGGUUCCUCAACGAUGAUAUGAGGAAAAUGAGAGAUGGAUUUGAUAUCGGGUUUCCCUUAUUCGAUAAUGAAAAUUCUAGUAAUAAUAAUAACGAUGCAGAAUUCAAUAUGUCGAAUAUACCGUCAAUUGAUUCCGAGGUAGGUGUGAACAACAACAUUUUAGAAAAAUAUGAAGAAUUCAUGACUAGUUGGACAAGACCUGUUAAUUUGAAAUAUUUUGCUGCAAGAAUGUCACAAUUUUAUUAUAAUAUUGGACAAUUAAUUAGUGAUGAAUUAAUGGUGGAGUAUUAUCAUAAGAAUGAAAAUUUCCAUAAUAUUUUAUUCAAGUAUGAUAAUAAAAUGCUUAAGGAGCAUGUUACCGAUAGUGGGAAGUAUUGGUUUGGAAAAAGAGAUAUUGAGCCAAUCAAGCCAAAUUUAAAAAACUUCAAAAUCUUUUGUAAGAAUUGUGAUUACUCUCAUGUUUGUUCUUGGAGAAUUGAAGGUGAAAAGAAGUGUAAAGAAUUAGGCCAAGAUUUAUUGAAUCUUAAUGAAACUGAUUAA